AUGGUAUUCCCUGCUAUCCGUCCAGUGUAUCGCGGCCUCCCUAAGGGUCUACGGGAGGCUUGUAGAGAGAGAUUUGGAGCAGAGGCCAUCUCCGGGAAGCGACAUGAGGAUCUGGUGGGGCUGUUGUCGGCUUGCGAAGAUUUCAAGAACCAGGCGACUAUCCUUGAAGAUCAGGCCGCAGAGAGGGGACGAUUAUCGAAAAGAUCCAAAGACAGAGUGGAGGGAGCCCAAGAUGCUGAAGACCUUACAAUCGAGUUGAUUUGCAAGCACUUCAGUCGUGCUGAUCCGAAGUCUUCGGAUCAGCACGCGAGUAUCUCGCACUCUAUCGAGAAGGAAAAUCACUGA